CGCACACAUACGACAUACGUCCGUUACCAACUGUCGGGAUCUUCCCGCCCCCGAAAAUAUCCAUCAGCAUUAUUUACCUAAUCUAUCUAACCUACAGGCACCAACACUGGCUUGUAUAGAAAAAGAUACCGUGCUUCGGCUAGUACCCCCAUCUAGCAUUGUCCGUAUUUCGAGUUUGAUGAAGCGUCACGGUCUGCAAUAUCUUGGAUUCUCUCGUCCACGGCGCAUCUGCAUUAAUCAUACGUCAAUACGUUCAUUAAGGAUCAGCCGCAGUGGGUGCAUCAAGCUGGUUAACUCCUUAGGACCUCAUAUAUCCUUAAGCAAUACGCCGGCGCAGAAACCUACCUACGCGAUCAUGACACACUUCCCAACCUGAGCCAGAUCCCUUUCCUCCUCUCUUCGACAUCAUCCCCGUGUUGAUUACUUAUUCAACGAUAUUCAACCCUCUCGUUAUAGUCGCCGAAGGGUUCUAGCACCAGCCGGAUAGGGUUACUAUGGUCGUUAAGCUAGAUGCGCACCAGACGUCCCUGGAGCCCUUUGGACUACCCUGGUCCUCUUGCCACGCACGUCAUUCGGAUGAUGAUCCGAGCUUAGGUAACAGUAGCAGGUCGCGCUACUUUCGGAUCAGUGCAUCAGCGCCCAAUUCACCGCCAAGCGUUGUCCGGAUACUCAAGGCCGGGGUCAGCGGUGGUGGUGGUGGUGGGAGUGAGACGAGCAGUGAAAGCAAGAGUCAGGAUCAUGCUAACCGCAGAGUUGCUAACUCAAGCUCUCGCUUGACGAAGAUCCAAGUCGAGCUUCAACCAUGUAAGUCUCGGGUUUCAACUGCGGUGUUAUCGACGGAGGGCCGACCGAAGCCCAAGAAGGCGAACUCGGCCCCGGUGGUUUUGCAAUCCCAGUCUGGGACCGGCGAGGAAGCCCAAGAAGAGCACAGCAUUGAUGUGCCCCCAACAUUUCGGGUCAAUUCACCUCGAUCGCCGGUAGCAGCAGCAACGUUAAACGCCGUAGUGCCAAGUGAAGAAGGAAAGGAAAGGACGGUAUUCUGCUUCCCCCGCGAAGCGUUCGUCCCAUCGUCCCUUGCCCUCCGGCCUCCUAAGCGGGGCCGCGCAUUGCACGAUGUAGACGGGCCCGGAACAGGUAGUCUUCCGUGUAAGAAGCGGCGAUUACGACUGCACCUUGUAACGAGUAGACUAUCACAGCCGUACUCGUGGCCAGCGACUCACAUUCUGAAUCGCGAAAGCGGCGACGACUCACCUGUGCUCAACCGAUUCCUCAAGCUCGCCGCCAUCGGCUCUCUAAAGAAAGCCGGUCACCAAAGCGCGCUAAUCCGCAAGGCAGCCAUUCUCAAUAGAGUGAGGAUUGGAGUGCGACAGGCCGCUGUGCUGAGAGGCCACACGGUGAUCGCGGGAAUGGCGGCUAGAGGAAACUCGCUGAGCCACGGUUUACAGCUAGUGACGACGUCCAAUAGCUCGACAGGAGCCCGGUUCCCUGGCCACGCGCCUAACCCUUACGAUCACCCAAUACCUCCAGCGUGGCGACCACAUACAACAUCAUUCCACCCUUCGUCUUUUAGUUCGAGCCCUCUAGACCAGGAAGAUUCUACAAAUCAAAAAUGCAGCCCCGAGAACAGGAGUCCCAGCCCACCGGCGACUUGCCCAUCCCCUCCACCGCGACCGAGUGUGCAGUCAAACCCACCAGAUCCACCACGACUACUACCACCACCACCACCACCACAAGUGGAAGACGAUGAUGUGGCGUUCCCUUCUCCAGACCUUGAGACCCGAUACGCAGAUUUUUCGGAUGAUGAUUUAGAUGACGUAUAUGCUGAUUUUGGAGUAUUAUUUGGGUCUGGUAUGCGGUCACCCGAGGAUGGUAGUGGAAGUAGCGAAACAACCAGUGGUGAGCAUUUCUACGAGGAAUACUUGGAUGAGCUGGAUGGAAUACGAUGGAUAGCGUAAGGUACUACGCAUGGGUAUUUGAACUGUUAGCGACGUGCAUGAUAGGUAUAUUCUCUGGGCACCUGGAAUCGUCAGAGAUUGGGCGUUUUUGUAGCUGGAUGAAGGGGGAAAGGUUGGUGUCGUGGCAUCCGGCAAGGGAAUAAGAAACCAUC